GUUCUCGGGACUAGCGAACCGGGCUGGAGCUCCGAAGGCUGGCACAGCCUAGGUUAGUGGCUGCGAGCUGAGCCCUAAGCGGCUGCAGCGAUAGCGGCCGGUGCCGGAUGCUCGCCGUUUCUUCGCUUCUCCCCGGCUUGUGUUCGGUUUGCGCAGCGCCCACCCGCCCUGGUCCGGGAGGGACCCGGGCGAUGCUAAGCCUGAGAAGUGCAGCAUCUCAGCCUCAGGGCUUCAGGAGAGAAAGCGGAGCUCUUGCAGGUGAAGCCGCGGUCCCUUCGCGGUCUUCCCGUGGCCGCCUGCGCAUUGAACCCUUGCCAGAUUCCGCCACGCAUCUUCUUCCAGCGCCGCCGAUGCUGGGUGCUCUGGAGAGUGGGGACCACAGCGGGGAGGGCGCGACCCGAACACCGAGGAUGGAUGCCCGCACCUGGCGUCUGGGCUGGCGUUGUCUCCUUCUCCUGGCUCUCCUUGGAUCUACCCGAAGCGAGGGCGUGGAGAGCUGCGAAGAAGUUCGGAAACUUUUCCAGUGGCGGCUUGGAGGAGCUGUCAAGGGGCUGCCGGAGGCACCGCGGGCAGGACCUGAUCUUCAGGUUUGCCUAUCCAAAAACCCAACAUGCUGUACCAGGAAGAUGGAGGAGAGGUACCAGAUUGCAGCUCGGCAAGACUUGCAGCAGGUGCUUCAGACAUCCAGCUCAACAUUAAAGCUGCUAAUAUCUCGGAAUGCAGCUGCUUUUCAAGAGACCCUGGAAACCCUCAUCAGACAAGCAGAGAAUUACACCAGUAUCCUUUUCUGCAACACGUACCGGAACAUGGCCUUGGAGGCUGCUGCUUCCAUUCAGGAAUUUUUCACGGAUGUGGGACUCUAUUUAUUUGGUGCGGAUGUUAAUCCUGAGGAAUUUGUAAACAGAUUUUUUGACAGUCUUUUUCCUCUGGUCUACAACCAUCUCAUAAACCCUGGUGCGACUGACAGUUCUCUGCAAUACUCAGAAUGCAUCCGAAUGGCCCGCCAGGAUGUAAGUCCAUUUGGCAACAUUCCCAAAAGAGUCAUGGGGCAGAUAGGGAGGUCGCUGCUGCCCGGCCGCACAUUCCUGCAGGCACUUAAUCUGGGCAUUGAGGUCAUCAACACCACGGACCAUAUACACUUCUCCAAGGAGUGCAGUAGGGCCCUCCUGAAGAUGCAGUACUGUCCUCACUGCCAGAGCCUGAUGCUCAGUAAGCCCUGCAUGGGGUACUGCCUCAAUGUCAUCAGGGGCUGCCUGGCCCACAUGACGGAGCUUAAUCCACACUGGCAUGCUUAUAUCCGGUCUUUGGAAGAGUUGUCAAAUGCGAUGCACGGGACCUACGACGUUGAACAUGUGCUCCUGAACUUCCACUUGCUUGUUAAUGAUGCUGUGCUGCAGGCGCACCUCAAUGGACAGAAGUUAUUGGAUCAGGUGAAUAAGAUUUGUGGCCAUCCAGUGAGAACACCAACACAGAGCCCCCGCUGUACUUUUGAUCCAAGCAAAGAGAAACACGGAAUGAAGAUCUCUACAAGGAAUGGUGAAGAGACGCUUGCCAACAGAAGAAAAGAAUUCAUCAAUAGCCUUAGGCUGCACAGGUCCUUCUAUGGUGGCCUGGCUGACCAGCUUUGUGUUAAUGAAUUGGCUGCCCCUGAAGGAAGGCCCUGCUGGAAUGGAGAGGAAAUUGUCAAAAGUUAUGCUCGGCCUGUGGUUGGGAAUGGAAUCAAAACCCAGUCUGCAAACCCUGAAGUCAGAGUCAGAGGGGCUGAUCCUGUGAUAAAUCAGAUCAUUGAUAAACUGAAGCAUGUUAUCCAGUUGUUACAGGGUAGAUCUCCCAAACCCAGCAAGUGGGAGCUCCUUCAGCCAGGGAGUGGUGGCGGCAUGCUUGAACAGGCUAGUGGAGACUGUGAUGAUGAAGAUGGCUGUGGAGGAUCAGGAAGCGGGGAAGUCAAGAGGACCCUGAAGAUCACAAACUGGAUGCCAGACAGCAUGAACUUCAGUGAUGUGAAGCAAGUCCAUCGAGCAGACCGUGGAAGUACUCUGGAUACAACUGGUGCUGGAUGUGCGUCAGGAACUGAGUUUAUGGCACUCCCUCUGAUGGGGACACUCAUGUUUCUUCCCUGGCUUUGGUAAUGAAGCUCUCAGUCAAGACAUACCUUACUGGAAUCUUGAUUUGUCCCUUAUCUCCUUAUGUCUGGAACAGAAGAACUCUUUUAAAAUAACCAUUGAAAUUAGGGAGAGGUGUGUUAUUUUAACUUCUUAGAUGCCAACUGGAGUGUGUGUGAUAGUCUCUUUCAAACUAUGCCUUCUUGGCACCUAACUUAAAUCUUCUUAAAUUCUAGCAUUAAAUCUAAACUGUGAAAACUCAGAAGUGACUUUUAGUAAGAAGGCUUUGGUGUAUUUGUAAUUCUGUUCUGCUUAAUCAAACCCUUUCCUUUUAACACUGUGAAUGUUGACAUUUGAGGGUGUGUUGGUCAAGCACAGAACACAAUACGUAGUAUUUCUUAAAGAACUUGGAAUGAAAAUAACAUUAAGUCAAAGCACACAAAGGCAAGUAUUCUGCAUGCUUUUUAGGGGAUUCUUUCAUUUUUUGCAAGUUAAAUAAAAUAGUUACUACAAGUCUGUGAGUUAUAGAGUAGAUUAGCAGGGCGAUUUCACAUAAAUUCACUGAAGGAACUUGAUAAUGUUUUACACUAAACCUCCUCUACUGGGCUAAGUAACUUAGGGAUGUCCAUGUGAUGUUCCUUUACAUGUGAAAUGCACUGUAGUAUUAUGACUCUGUUCCUCUCUUGUCUUUACCUAAAACAACUAGCUAUGUCAGAAAGCACACUUGUAUACUCCAAUAAAGUUGUCGAUUAUUUGAAGAGAAACAUCAAAGAUUAUUAUGGUCAUUUUUCCUAACAAAAGUUUAUUCCUACUUCAUUUGUUUUUGAAAAUGUUAUUUGCUACUUUGUGAAGAAAGCAUCCUAUGGAGCAAGCAGUUGGCUAUCCAUGCAUAAGGUCUGAUGAAUGUUUUCCUGUGAGUAAUAAGAAAGAGCACACAGUGUGCAAGGCUUUAGUUUUCUUCCUAUGUUCUCAGCAGGAAGGUCCCUAAUCCACCAUCCCUAACUUCUCAGUUGUGAUAAGUUGCCUCAGCAGAUACUGAUAGGAUACGUCUAAAUCUGCACUUAAGGAGGAAGAGACUAGUCAGCUUUUAUUAAGAAGUAUCACGUCCGGCUGUGGCCAGGAAAUAUAUUCCAUACAAAGCAAAGGAAGAAGAAAAGGAAAUGCUGAGCUUCUUAAGCAAAUAAUCCAAAAGGAUUUAAAAUGACCUCUGACAAGGGUCACGCAAGGCUCAAUUCAACAACUGCCCAGACAGAGGCAGAAUUAAUAAUAAGAAAAAAUACAUGAUAAACCUUGGCUCGCUAAGGUUCUCAGACUGGGGAUUGGAGAGCUGUCAGCUUAAAUUACAAUAUUUUUAACUGUUCAAGUUGGUUUUAGUGUCUAUUCAAACGUGCUUUAAAGCUGGAAACAGCAAUUCACUGCUGAUUCUGUGUGAUUUUCUUAGGCUACUGUUCUAGGCAGGGAUAAUUAGGCCUUGACCCUUCAUCUGCAUUCACCACACUCCACAAAUUACAAAGUUGAGCCUACUUUUUUCCAUGAUUUUGUCUCCAAUCUCAGCCCUUUACUCAGAUCACUGUCUCGGGAAAAAAAAUAAAAUUUAAUCACUCAUAUACUCUUGCUCCUGUUGAAGUUAGUUUUCUAUAGAGAAAUGUCUGGCUCCCCAAAUGAGGGGAAAUUAAUUUUGAAAACCAACAAGCUGAAGAGCAUAGUUCAGGAGUUUUAGAUGUAUAUUGACAAAAUUACUUGGUUGAAGAUAAUUUGGGGGCAUUACGGGAAUUGGAUGAGAGCAGAGAAGUAGCACAAUCAAUAGAAUUGGUAGGUAGAUUUUAGAGACUACAUUUUGUGUUCUCAAAUGUGUGAUGUCUACCUCCAGCGAUGCACUUUGAGACUACACGUGUCCUGACACUGCGGUGAGAGUUCAGAGCCCUAGGAUAUUUUCAGAAUUUCUUUCAUAGCCUCGGGCAUCAUUUUUAGUAUUCUUGGUGAGGAUAUCCAUCCUUUAAUAUCCCACUUGGUGACAUUUUAUACUUAUACAGUGCUUCAUGGUGUACAAAGUUCUUUCAAAUAAAAGCAUCUUGCAUGACCUCCAUUACUCUCAAAGAUGACUUGAUUUUUAUGCAAACAAACAAACAAAAACCAACACUGAGUUUGCUUUACUACAGUUCCAAAUUGCAUCAGAGCGUUUUCUAUAAACAAUACCUUAGAGGGUUUAGC